AGUUCAGCUUUGACAACUAAACGGCGUGGACGUACUGAACUGCUGAUACACCGCGCGAUAACUGUCAAAAUAGUAUAGAGUGAAAAAUAAAAUUGAGAAAGUAAAAACCGAAAACGCAACAACAUUUUUUCAAUAGUUUUCCAUCUAAAAAAAAGUGAUUACAUUGCAACACGAUGGAGUCAAAUAAUGUCAAUUCCAAUUACGAUAUUAAACAGCAAAUGAUCGAAGUUCCGAAGUACGGUAUGAAGGUGAAAUUCAAUCAUGUUUUUCCAGAGAAGCGAACACAAAAUGUUCGACCAUCAAUUCGUCAAUCAUUGGCACUUUUGUCAUUAGCGUACAGAUAUACCACCUACUAUUGGAAAGUGUCCCGCGAAGGCCGACAUGUUCUAAUGGACUACUACUACAUGGAACAUUCGAAACAAAUGUUUGGUGCACCAGUCGGUGGCAUUGGUGGCGGAACAAUUGGACGUGGUUAUGCUGGUGAAUUUAGCCGUUUUCAACUUAGACCUGGUAUAUACGAGCACAAUACCGUUCAUGCAAAUCAAUUUAUUGUCACAAUAAAAGAUGAAAAUGAUGUCACGAUAUUCCAGAGCUUAUUGUCUUCGUACAACCCGACAAGGAACCCGCUUGGAUCAUGGGAAACUCACUUAGAUCCGUCAAAGUGUUCAUACACUGCAUUGUAUCCUCGAUCGUGGACAGAGAUCGAUUUGUCGGAAUUCGGUGUUAAAUUGAUUGGACGGCAAAUUUCCCCCAUUAUACCACACGAUUAUAAGGACAGUUCAUUGCCAUGUGCGGUAUUUGUGUGGACAGUGGAAAAUGUAGGUGAUAGCGAUCGCAAAGUGUCGAUUUCAUUUACCUUUAAAAAUGGAACGGGCAAUAAAAAACAGGAUGCGGAUGGAAAUGCUACAACGUAUCCUUUUUCCGAAGGAGCUGCUAAGGGAGCAUCGAUUAAACAGACAAUAUUUGGCAUGGAAUGUACAUAUUGUGUUGCAUGCAAAGUAUCACCGGAAAUUAACAUCAGUCGUUGCCACAAAUUCGAUCCGUGUGGAAGCGGCGAGAAGUUGUGGAACGAUCUCAAAGAAAAUGGAAAACUGACGGAGAAAUCUGUCGAUGAAAAUUUGAAAUCGAAAGACGUUGCAGUGGCUGUGUCGGCUCAGGUUCACGUGAAAAGUAAAUGCCAGUCGGAUUUGGAAUUUGUGUUGGCAUGGGAUAUGCCGAGUGUGAAAUUUUUCAAAAAUACCAAACAAUAUUGGAGAUACUAUACGAAAUUCUUCGGUCGUACUGGUGAGGCCGGACCACCAAUUUGUGAGCAUGCGCUACAAAACUAUGGUAAAUGGGAACAAUCGAUCGAUUCGUGGCAACGGCCAAUUUUAGACGACAAAGAUCUUCCCGAUUGGUACAAGUCAGCUAUUUUUAAUGAACUGUACUACAUAGCCGAUGGCGGAACAGUUUGGCUAGUGGUAGAACCAAGCGACGAUAUUGAAUUCAGCGAUCCUCGUUUAGCCUAUGGACGAUUUGCUUAUUUGGAGGGGCAAGAAUACAGAAUGUACAAUACCUACGACGUUCAUUUUUAUGCAUCUCACGCUCUAGCUAGCUUAUGGCCUAAUUUACAGGUGAGCUUGCAGUAUGACUUCAAAGAUAGUAUUUAUGCAGAAAUCACCGAAUCGCGCAAGAAUUUGUACGACGGAAAGUAUACAAGCCGGAAGGUCAAGAAUUCGGUUCCACAUGAUCUGGGCGAUCCAGACGAGGAACCAUUUCUGCUGAUCAAUUCCUAUCCAAUUCACGAUGUGUCCGAAUGGCGCGAUCUAAACAUCAAAUUUGUAUUGCAAGUGUACCGAGAUUACUAUACGUUGAACAAACUAGCUCGUACCAAUGGUGACAAUGCAAACAAAUUCAGUUCAAUCGAAUACAUUGACAAGGAUAGCCUGUUCGAAAUGUAUAUGGACAAUCGGAAUAAAUUGUCGCCGGACGAAAAAGUUUCGAAGAAACCCGCCUCGAUGUACAUCAAUGAAUCAAACGGAAAAGUUUAUCUGAUGGAUUCAAUGACCUACUUAAAGGCUAUGUACCCAGCGUGCAAAUUGGUGGUAGAGAAAUCUUUACAGUGGGAUAAGGACAAUGAUGGUCUCAUUGAAAACGGAAGAUUCCCAGAUCAGACGUUCGACACCUGGCUAAUGGAUGGACCCAGUGCUUAUUGUGGUGGUCUAUGGUUGGCCGGCCUUCAUUGCAUGUCUGUGAUGGCAAAUUUACUCGAUCAUCCAGACGAUUGUAUCAAAUUUACCGAAAUUUUGGAGAAAGGAAAGGCGUCCUUCGAGGACAAAUUGUGGAACAAAACGUACUACAAAUUCGAUACGUCAAGCAGUUCAAAGGAGUCCGUGAUGGCCGAUCAAUUGUGCGGUCAUUGGUAUUUGAGAUGUUGCGGAUUUGAUUAUGAUGUCUUUCCAAAAGAAAACGUUCGAACUGCACUGCAAACCAUUUACAAGAACAAUGUGAUGAGCUUUUGCAAAGGGAAUAUGGGCGCCGUAAAUGGUUUCGUUUUGAAUUCGAAUCCGGAUAAGCCGGGUCAUCCGGACAACACAACCAUACAAAGUGAAGAGGUUUGGACGGGUGUGACGUAUGGUUUGGCAGCUACAAUGAUACAGGAGGGUAUGAUCGACGAAGCGUUCCAAACUGCUGGCGGAAUGUACAAAUCAAUGUCGGAGAAAUUUGGCAUGAAUUUUGAGACACCAGAAGCUUUUUAUGCCGAAAAAUACUUUCGAUCGAUUUCGUACAUGCGACCGCUAAGCAUUUGGUCCAUGCAAACCGCUUGGGAACGACGAAAGUCGCAACGUGAUUAGUUGUAUUAUCGAGUUGAGUUGGAAUUAAGACCUUGUGAAACCCAAUCAUGAGGUAUUACGAAAAUGUUUUUUUAAAGAUUUUUUCCUUCUUCAGACACAUAAGUUACUGGCACACUAAAAAUUGAUAGCUUAAAGCAAAGAACAAUUUUAUAGAAUUUAUAGAAGAAAACCAAAUUUGAUGGAACGAUUUGAAAUUAAUGAUUUAUUUCGAAUUGAAAGUGAUCGCCUUUUGAAGUGAUGAAGAUUUACUUUUGGUGUGCUUCAGUAUUUUUAUUUAGAAUGUUAGGUACGGAUGGGGGGACGAAAUGUUUUGUUUGCAAAAUGCUUCUGUUAACGUCAUGUCACGAAAAUGUAGCGAACGAAGGAUUUUUUAAUGAUUUUUUAUAUAUAAGUACAAAAUCCUGUGAGUAAAGACAGAUGACCAUUUGGUUUGUUACGAAGUUAUGCGCUGAUUCUUAGUUUUAGUCUACGACAGGAUCAAUCAAUUUAAUAUGAAUUAGUGACCUAUUCUAGUCUAGCUUUUUAUAAUUUUAUAUAAAAAAAAAUUGUAAUGUCCGUUCUAGUUCGUUUUUCUAUUAUUAUGAUUAGACCACAGAUCAUCUUUCUAGUGAAACAAGAAUUAUUUUUUAGUCAAUAUUGUAGUGAUUUUCGAAAUAAGAGUCUAUUUUUACCAUAACAAUUUUCACAAACCUUUUUACUAAUAUACAAAAUCAAUGUCGCUUGUUGCGCCAAUUUAUUUAUAUAUGCAUGUACCUCACAAACACACAAAGCGAAGCACUUAAAUAACAUAUUAUAACGACGGGAUGUUUGUCUGUUUGUCCGCUAUUUACCGUCAAAAUACCUUUUUUUUUAGUUUGAACGGAAGAGUCAAGAGGAAUUUUUUUGCGUUCAAGCGGAGGAGUCAAGAGGAUUUCGUUUUUGUUUUUAUUUUGUGUGUGUGGUGUGUGUGAAAAAUGUGUGUUCGGUGAGUUAGAAGCGGGUGUUUCAACGGAAGAGUCAAGAGGAAUUUUUUUGCGUUCAAGCGGAGGAGUCAAGAGGAUUUCGUUUUUGUUUUUAUUUUGUGUGUGUGGUGUGUGUGAAAAAUGUGUGUUCGGUGAGUUAGAAGCGGGUGUUUCAACGGAAGAGUCAAGAGGAAUUUUUUUGCGUUCAAGCGGAGGAGUCAAGAGGAUUUCGUUUUUGUUUUUAUUUUGUGUGUGUGGUGUGUGUGAAAAAUGUGUGUUCGGUGAGUUAGAAGCGGGUGUAACAUAUUAUAAUGACGGGAUGUUUGUCUGUUUGUCCGCUAUUUGACGUCAAAAUAAAAGUUCAGAGCAAAACAAAAAAAAA